CGCGCGGCCGUUGCCGAGGAGACGGCGCAUGUCUCCCGGCGCGUUGCCCCCUCUGCAGUCCCCCCGCCCCUCUUCUCCCACCACAAUGAGAGCCUAAGAUGGCGGUGGCUGCGACGGUUGGAGUCGAGUAGCUGAGGUAGAAAAGGCGGCCAUUGGGCCCUAAGCAGCCAGGAAACUUGGGGACUCUCCCUGCUGUGGUCUCUAAGGGAGGCCCGCCGCCGGUGGCGGUUCGUGGGGGCUGGCCGCUACUCCGCCCUUGGCGGGAGCGGCUGCUUCCUUUACAGACAACAGUUUUGAAGUGUGAAACAGGAAAGGAGCCGUUUCUGAGCUGCAAAAACUAGUUUCUAAACAGAACAUUAAUUAUAAAAGCCAGUAUGGCCACAGGAGGAGGUCCUUUUGAAGAAGGCAUGAAUGAUCAGGAUUUACCAAACUGGAGCAAUGAGGGUGUUGAUGACCGACUCAACAACAUGGAUUGGGGUGGCCAACAGAAGAAGGCAAAUAGAUCAUCAGAAAAGAAUAAGAAAAAGUUUGGUGUAGAAAGUGAUAAAAGGGUAACUAAUGAUAUUUCUCCGGAGUCAUCGCCAGGAGUUGGAAGGCGAAGAACGAAGACUCCACAUACGUUUCCGCAUAGUAGAUACAUGACGCAGAUGUCUGUUCCCGAGCAGGCAGAAUUGGAGAAACUUAAACAGCGGAUCAACUUCAGUGAUUUAGAUCAGAGAAGCAUUGGAAGUGAUUCUCAAGGUAGAGCAACAGCUGCUAACAACAAACGUCAGCUUAGUGAAAACCGAAAGCCCUUCAACUUUUUGCCUAUGCAGAUUAAUACUAACAAGAGCAAAGAUGCUGCUGUAAAUCCUCAAAAGAGAGAAAUGAUUGGAUCAGCACAAUGUAAAGAGUUGUUUGCUUCUGCUUUAAGUAAUGACCUUUUGCAAAACUGUCAAGUCUCUGAAGAAGAUGGGAGAGGAGAGCCUGCAAUGGAGAGCAGCCAGAUUGUAAGCAGGCUUGUUCAGAUUCGUGACUAUAUUACUAAAGCUAGUUCCAUGCGGGAAGAUCUUGUAGAGAAAAAUGAAAGAUCUGCUAAUGUUGAGCGCCUUACUCAUCUAAUAGAUCACCUUAAAGAACAAGAAAAGUCAUAUAUGAAAUUUCUCCAAAAAAUUCUUGCUAGAGAAAAUGAGGAGGAGGAUGUUCGGACUAUAGAUUCAGCUGUGGGAUCUGGUUCUGUAGCUGAGAGCACAUCGCUAAACAUAGAUGUGCAGUCUGAGGCUUCAGAUACCACGGCCAGAGAUCCUCAGCAGGAGCCUAUGGAAGAGAUAGAAAAUUUGAAGAAACAACAUGAUUUAUUAAAAAGGAUGUUACAGCAGCAGGAGCAGCUGAGAGCUCUGCAGGGACGACAAGCUGCUCUUCUUGCUCUGCAGCAUAAGGCAGAGCAAGCUAUUGCUGUGAUGGAUGAUUCUGAAAAGGUUGCAGGGACAACUCCUGGCCAUCAUACUGUACCGUGCAGACAGCCAGCUCGCUCUCCUUUUCAUCAGAGAGUACCCUUAAGAGCUGUAACAGAAACUACAGGUAGCCUAUCUGGAGUCAGUAUCACAUCUGAACUAAAUGAAGAAUUGAAUGAUUUAAUUCAGCGUUUUCAUAAUCAGCUUCGUGAUUCUCAGCCUCCACCUGUUCCAGACAAUAGAAGACAAGCAGAAAGUCUUUCAUUAACUAGGGAGGUUUCUCAGAGCAGAAAUCCAUCAGUUUCAGAGCAUUUACCUGAUGAGAAAGUCCAGCUUUUUAGCAAAAUGAGAGUGUUACAAGAAAAGAAACAAAAAAUGGACAAGCUGCUUGGAGAACUUCAUACACUUCGAGAUGAGCAUUUGAACAAUUCAUCCUUUGUGCCUUCUUCAGCCUCCCCACAAAGGAGUGUGGAUCAGAGAAGUACAACAGCAGCUCCCUCUGCUCCUGUAGGCUUAACACCAGUUGUCAAUGGAGAAUCCAAUAGCCUCACAUCAUCUGUUCCUUAUCCUGCUGCUUCUCUGGUUUCUCAGAAUCAGAGUGAAAAUGAAGGCCACCUAAAUCCAACUGAAAAACUCCAGAAGUUAAAUGAAGUUCGAAAGAGGUUGAAUGAGCUAAGAGAAUUAGUUCAUUAUUAUGAGCAAACAUCAGAUAUGAUGACAGAUGCUGUAAAUGAAAACACAAAAGAAGAAGAAACUGAAGAGUCAGAAUAUGAUUCCGAGCAUGAAAAUUCUGAACCUGUUACUAACAUUCGAAAUUCACAAGUAGCUGCCACCUGGAAUGAAGUAAAUAGUAAUUCUAAUGCACAGUGUGUUUCUAAUAAUAGAGAUGGGAGAUCAGUUAAUUCUAAUUGUGAAAUUAACAACAGAUCUGCUGCCAACAUAAGGGCUCUAAACAUGCCUCCUUCUUUAGCAGAUUGCCGAUACAAUAGAGAACGAGAACAGGGGAUUCACGUUGCACAAGGUGAAGGUGAGGAGGAGGAGGAGGAAGAAGCAGAAGAUGAGGCAGUCAGUGGAGCGUCAUUAUCUAGUCAUCGGAGCAGUCUGGUUGAUGAGACGCCUGAAGAUGCUGAAUUUGAACAGAAGAUCAGCAGACUUAUGGCUGCAAAACAGAAACUUAGACAGUUACAAGAUCUUGUUGCAUUGGUGCAGGAUGAUGAUACAGCAGAUCAAGGAGUUAUCUCUGCCAAUACCUCAAAUUUGGAUGAUUUCUACCCAGCAGAAGAAGACACCAAACAAAAUGCAAAUAACACUAGAGGAAAUACCAAUAAAACACAGAAAGAUGCUGGAGUAAAUGAAAAGGCAAGAGAGAAAUUUUAUGAGGCUAAACUACAGCAGCAACAGAGAGAGCUCAAACAAUUGCAGGAAGAAAGAAAGAAACUGAUUGAGAUUCAAGAGAAAAUUCAAGCAUUGCAAAAGGCAUGUCCUGACCUACAGCUGUCAGCCACUAGUGCGGGUAAUUGUCCCACAAAAAAAUAUACGCCAGCUGUUACUUCAACCCCAACUGUUAAUGAAAAUGAAGCCAGUACAAGCAGAUCUGCUUUUGAACCUGAUGAUCCUUCAGUGGUAGAUAAUGAGUUGUGGUCAGAAAUGCGAAGACACGAAAUGUUAAGGGAAGAGCUGCGACAGAGAAGAAAGCAGCUUGAAGCUUUGAUGGCUGAACAUCAGAGGAGGCAAGGUCUGGCUGAAACUACAUCUCCAGUGGCUGUUUCACUGAGAAGUGAUGGGUCUGAGAACCUGUGUACGCCUCAACAGAGUAGAACAGAAAAAACAAUGGCAACUUGGGGAGGUUCUACCCAGUGUGCACUAGAUGAAGAAGGAGAUGAAGAUGGUUACCUUUCUGAAGCAGUUCGGACAGAUGAAGACGAGGAGGAGGAGGAGCAAGACGCCGGCUCCCAUGAUAGCUUUUCCGUGUGUCCUCCUAGCAGCGCAAAUCAUAACUCCUAUAAUGUAAAGGAAACUAAAAAUAGGUGGAAGAACAAUCGCCCUUUUUCAGCAGAUGGAAAUUAUCGUCCUUUAGCCAGGACAAGACAACAGAAUAUCAGCAUGCAGCGUCAGGAAAACCUUCGCUGGGUGUCAGAACUCUCUUAUGUAGAAGAGAAAGAACAGUGGCAAGAACAAAUCAAUCAGCUAAAGAAACAACUUGAUUUCAGUGUCAAUAUUUGUCAGACUUUGAUGCAAGACCAGCAGACUCUGUCUUGUCUGCUACAAACUCUUCUCACGGGCCCUUACAGUGUUAUGCCCAGCAAUGUUGCAUCUCCUCAAGUACACCUUAUAAUGCACCAGUUGAACCAGUGCUAUACCCAGCUAACAUGGCAACAGAAUAAUGUACAAAGGUUGAAGCAAAUGCUAAAUGAACUUAUGCGCCAACAAAAUCAUCCAGAAAAACCUGGAAGCAAGGAAAGAGUCAGUAGUGCAUCACACCCUCCUUCUCCCAGUUUAUUUUGUCCUUUCAGCUUUCCAGCACAGCCUGUAAAUCUGUUCAACCUACCAGGGUUUACUAAUUUUUCAUCAUUUGCACCAGGUAUGAAUUUCAGCCCUUUAUUUCCUUCUAAUUUUGGAGAUUUUUCUCAAAAUAUUUCUGCACCCACUGAACAGCAGCAACCAUUAGCCCAGAAUCUUUCAGGGAGAACAGAAUACAUGGCUUUUCCAAAACCUUUUGAAAGUAGUUCUUCUGUUGGAGCAGAAAAACAAAGGAAUCAAAAACAGCCCGAAGAGGAGGUGGAGAACAGUAGGACACCAUGGUUAUAUGACCAAGAAGGUGAAGUAGAAAAACCAUUUCUCAAGACUGGAUGUGCAGUGUCUGUAAAGAAAACAACAAAUAGUAAUCGCAAAAAUCAAUUAGAUACCAGUAGGAGAAGACGCCAAUUUGAUGAAGAGUCGUUAGAAAGCUUUAGCAGUAUGCCUGACCCAGUAGAUCCAACAACAGUAACUAAAACAUUCAAGUCAAGAAAAGCAUCUGCACAGGCCAGCCUGGCAUCUAAAGAUAAAACUCCCAAAUCAAAGAGUAAGAAGAGGCAUUCUACUCAGCUGAAAAGCAGAGUUAAAAAUAUUGGGUAUGAAAGUGCCAGUAUGUCUAGCACAUGUGAACCUUGCAAAAGUAGGAACAGACAUUCAGCCCAGACUGAAGAGCCUGUUCAAGCAAAAGUAUUCAGCAGAAGGAAUCAUGAGCAGCUGGAAAAAGUAAUAAGAUAUAGUAGGUCUACAGAAAUAUCUUCAGCACAUGCUAGGAGAAUACUACAGCAGUCUAACAGAAAUGCAUGCAAUGAAGCGCCAGAAACCGGGAGUGAUUUUUCCAUGUUUGAAGCUUUGCGGGAUACCAUUUAUUCUGAAGUAGCUACGUUGAUUUCUCAAAAUGAAUCUCGUCCACAUUUUCUUAUUGAACUCUUCCAUGAACUUCAGCUACUGAAUACAGACUAUUUGAGACAGAGGGCUUUAUAUGCAUUGCAGGACAUAGUAUCCAGACAUAUUUCUGAGAACCAUGAAAAAGAAGGGGAAAACGUAAAGUCAGUGAAUUCUGGUACUUGGAUAGCAUCAAACUCAGAACUUACUCCCAGUGAAAGCCUUGCUACUACUGAUGAUGAAACUUUUGAGAAGAACUUUGAGAGAGAAACACAUAAAAUAAGUGAGCAAAAUGAUGCUGAUAAUGGUAGUGUCAUGUCUGUAUCUUCAAAUUUUGAGCCUUUUGCAACAGAUGAUCUGGGUAACACUGUGAUUCACUUAGAUCAAGCAUUAGCCAGAAUGAGAGAAUAUGAGCGUAUGAAGACUGAGACUGAAAGUAACACAAAUGUCAGAUGCACCUGCAGGAUUAUUGAGGAUGAGGAUGGUGCUGCUGCCCCGACUACGGUUGAUAGUUUGGAAGUGGAAACUCCUGUUAUUGAAAAUCAUAGUUCACAGCAAUCUGUAAGUGAAGUUUCUACCGUCCCAUGUCCUAGAAUUGAUACGCAGCAACUGGACCGGCAAAUUAAAGCAAUUAUGAAAGAAGUCAUUCCCUUUUUGAAGGAGCACAUGGAUGAAGUAUGCUCUUCUCAACUUCUAACCUCAGUAAGACGCAUGGUUUUGACUCUUACCCAGCAAAACGAUGAGAGCAAAGAGUUUGUAAAGUUCUUUCAUAAACAACUUGGAAGUAUAUUACAGGAUUCACUGGCAAAAUUUGCUGGUAGAAAACUGAAAGAUUGUGGAGAAGAUCUUCUUGUAGAGAUAUCUGAAGUGUUAUUUAAUGAAUUGGCUUUCUUUAAACUCAUGCAAGAUUUGGAUAAUAAUAGUAUAACUGUUAAACAGAGAUGCAAAAGGAAAAUCGAAGCAGCUGGAGUGAUACAGUCUUAUGCAAAAGAGGCCAAAAGGAUUCUUGAAGGAGAUCAUGGCUCACCUGCUGGAGAAAUUGAUGAUGAAGACAAAGACAAGGAUGAGACUGAAACAGUUACACAGACUCAAACAUCUGAGGUUUAUGAUGGUGACGGUCCCAAAAAUGUGAGCUCUGAUGUCUCUGAUCAAGAGGAAGAUGAAGAAAGUGAAAAAUGUCCAGUGUCUAUUAAUUUGUCCAAAGCUGAAACUCAGGCUUUGACUAAUUAUGGAAGUGGAGAAGAUGAGAAUGAAGAUGAAGAAAUAGAAGAAUUUGAAGAGGGACCUGUAGAUGUCCAGACUUCACUGCAGGCUAACACUGAAACUACAGAAGAAAAUGAACACGACGAUCAGGUUCCACAGCAUGAUUUUGAAAAAUCAGCGGAAAGCAAAAAUGUCCCAUCGGAACAAGAACCCACUACUAGUAAAGAUGACCAAGAUAGCACUCCUGUGAAGCCCUGUUACCUCAAUAUCUUGGAAAAUGAGCAACCUUUAAACAGCACUGUCCAAAAGGACGCUCUUACUACCAUCGAUUCAUCUAAUCAGCCUAACGCUUUGCCCUUACCUUUAACUGAAAUUGAAACCUUGGUGCCUAGAGUCAAAGAAGUUAAAUCUGCCCAGGAAACUCCUGAAAGCUCUUUGGCUGGAAGUCCUGAUACUGAAUCUCCAGUGUUAGUGAAUGACUAUGAAGCAGAAUCUGGUAACAUAAGUCAAAAAUCUGAUGAAGAAGACUUUGUGAAAGUUGAAGAUUUACCACUUAAACUGACAAUAUAUUCAGAGGCAGAUCUAAGGAAGAAAAUGGUAGAAGAAGAACAGAAAAACCAUUUAUCUGGUGAAAUAUUACGUGAAAUGCAGACUGAAGAACUAGCUGGGAAUUCUCAGACACUAAAAGAACCUGAAACAGUGGGAGCCCAAAGUACAUGAGAUGUCUUCAGAGGCUCAUCUAACUCUCUCUUUACAUAGUCAAUGCAUAUAUGGAAAUGGCACUAAAUAAACAUCUGUUUUGAUCUGUAAAAAAUGUAAAUUAGUUUGACACUGCAUUUUUGGUAGGUGUGCUAAUUUCUGCCCAUGGCAGUUUAAAACAUCAAAAACUGAAUUCUGGACAGAUUCAAGCCUUGAUACACUGUGGGUUUUUUUUCUUUUUCUUUCUGUCAUUUUUUUUGGUCUUGAUUUUUUUUCCCCAUUGUGAUGUUUGGUAACGUUAAAUUUAAAAUGUAGUUUUAAAUAAAGUUUGGACUUAACCUGUAAA